UCCCGCCAAAUAUAAACCACCACCCUCAAUGGUGAUAUCUACCUCAAUAAGCUUCCCAAAGGCAUGCCUAUCACCCACUCAAACUCAGAAGAGAGACGCAACAGCCUGGAAUUCAAUCAUCAGACAACACGUUAGGUUGAGAAAUGACCAAGGAAUUCUUGCUUCACAUGCCCAGAUGGAGGCCCUGGGCGUUUUGCCUGAUAACGUGGUUUUGCCACUCAUCCUCAAGGCAUGUGCCAGGCUGAAGGCAGUUGAAAGAGGACGGAAAAUCUACUCGGAUAUUCAAAAUACUCGGUUAAUCGAAGAUGUCCGGGUUCGAACUGCUUUAAUCGAUUUCUAUAGUAAAUGUGGUUUUCUUGAAGACGCUCGUCAACUGUUUGAAGAAGCGCCGAUUAGAGAUGUGGUUUGUUGGAAUGCUAUGAUUUCUGGGCAUGUGGAAAAUUGUUGCUACAAGGAUGCUAUUUGGCUGUUUGCGCGGAUGCAAAAGGAAAUUCUGAAACCCAGUUCGGUUACUUUGGUGGGUGUACUCUCAGCAUGUGAGGAGCUCUCUGAAUUGAGACUAGGACAGGAGGUACACUGUUACUGUCUAAGGAGUGGACAAUUAGGUUUGGAUCCUUAUGUUGGUACUGCUUUGAUUGGUUUUUACUCUAGGUUUGACGGGAGGGUAGCGGCACAACAUGUGUUCAAUUCGAUGCUGGUGAGGAACAUUGUAAGCUGGAACGCUAUGAUCUCCGGGUAUUUUAACAUGGGAUAUAGCUAUGAAGCUCUUAAAGUUUUGGUUCGAAUGUUGACCGGUGGCAUCAGGCCAGAUUCUGUUACUAUGUUGGUUUCUAUCCAGUCUUGCAUGGAUUCCGGGUCUCUUGAAUUGGGGAAGCAAAUCCACCAACUUGCAGUUAAGCUUGGUUUUUCCUCUGAUUUAUUCAUAACGAAUGCUUUAAUUAUUAUGUACUGUAAGAAAGGAAGCUUUGAAUUUUCAAAGGUACUAUUUGAAACCUUGUCGGGCAGAGAUGUUGCUUUAUGGAAUGCUAUGUUGUCAGCCUGUAGAGAGUGUGGAUUCCAUGACGAAGCAUUCACUUUGUUUUCUAGAAUGAGAGCAGAAGCGGUUAAAGAAGAUGUGACCACAGUUGCUAUUAUGUUGUCAAUAUGUGCAGAAUCAGCUAGUGGUUUGGGGGAAGGCAAAUGCUUGCAUGCUUACUUUAUCAAGAGUGGUAUGGAGAUGGGGUUGUCUCUUGGCAAUGCACUACUUAGCAUGUAUACUGACAUAAAUUGUGUGGAAUCUGUCCAAACUGUUUUUGAUGAAAUGCGAUGUAGAGAUGUUGUGUCUUGGAAUAUUUUAGUUCUUGCAUUGGCCCGUAACAAAUUGAUAGAUCAGGUGCGAGAUGCCUUUACACAGAUGCAACAAUGCAAUGUCAGACCCAAUUCUUUCACAAUGGUUUCUGCUCUCGAGGCAUGUGGAAAUGAAACCUAUCUUACUGUUGGACGAUCCAUCCACUGUUAUGUGAUUAGACAUGGUCUUGAAUUUCAUUCACCAUUAUGUACAGCACUCACAGAAAUGUAUAUAAACUGUGGCAAUGAAGCAGUGGCUAGGCAUCUUUUUGAGAACUUUCCUGACAGAGAUUUGAUAUCAUGGAAUGCCUUGAUUGCCAGUUAUGUUCAGAACAAUUGGCACAACAAAGCUCUACUGGUCUUCCACCAGAUGAUCUUCGAAGUGGAGCCCAAUCCAGUCACUAUCAUAAAUGUUCUCUCAUGUUGCACUCAUUUAGCCUAUUUACCUCAAGGCCGAUCAAUACAUGCAUAUACAAUAAGAAGAAAAUUCAAUAUGACUUUUGACAUGUACUUGGGAAAUGCUCUUGUGACGAUGUAUGCACGAUGUGGUAGCUUGAAGAAUGCUGAAAUGAUCUUUAGACAUCUGCCAAGAAAAGAUAUUAUCUCUUGGAAUGCCAUGAUUGCUGCAUAUGGUAUACAUGGGCGUGGAAAAGAUGCCCUCCUUGCUUUCUCAAAAAUGCAAGAGGAUGGUAUAAGACCUACCAGUGUAACCUUUGUUUCACUUUUAUCCGCUUGUAGUCAUUCUGGUAUGAUAGAUGAGGGUUGGCAACAUUUCCAUUCCAUGACCAGGAACUAUAACAUAACCCCUGAAGUUGUUCACUAUGCUUGCAUGGUUGAUCUACUUGGACGUGGUGGCCAUCUGGAGGAAGCCAAAUAUUUUAUUGAUUCAAUGCCCAUCAAACCAGAUGCAUGUGUAUGGAGAGCUCUUCUUGGUGCUUGUCGGGUUUAUUCUGAAGUCAAACUAGCUGGACCCAUUUUUGAGAAGCUUGUUGAAUUAGAACCCCUGAAUGCUGGAAAUUAUGUAUUGUUAUCUAAUAUAUAUGCUGCAGCAGGUCUUUGGGAAGAAGUAAGAAAUUUGAGAGCGCAGAUCAAGGAAAAGGGCCUAAGUAAGCCCCAGGGAAAUAGCUGGAUUGUUACAAGAAACCGAGUUCACUGUUUUUCUGCUGGGGAUAGGUCACACCCACAAUCAGAUAGGAUAUGUAUGAAAUUAAGUUGUUUGAUUUCUUCAGUCAAGGAAAUUGGGUACGUUCCUGAUCGACUAUGGGUACUUCAUGAUGUUGAGGAUGAAGAAAAGGAUCUGAAGCUUUUCAGCCAUAGUGAGAAGCUGGCAAUAGCAUUUGGCCUGCUCAACACUACUGGUAGGUCCCCAAUCUUAAUCACUAAGAACCUCAGGGUAUGUGGUGAUUGCCAUACAUUCAGUAAGCUUGUCUCUAAGUUUGUUAGGAGAGAAAUAAUUCUCAGGGAUGCAACCCGUUUCCAUCAUUUUACUGAUGGUGUUUGCUCAUGCAAGGAUUAUUGGUGAUGCUCAAGGAAUACCUAGAGACAGUUUUUUGGUUGGGAGGGUUGGCUCAUACCUUGGGUGCUAAGUGGAGAACCCUACAUGAUUAUGGAAUUUUCUAUGAAAUGAAUAUCUCUACUUUACAGCAACUUAGACAUGAAGAAAUGGCGGGGGGACCUAAUUCACACUCUUGUCAGUGAUGACUAACUUUAGUGGAAAUAUGAAAACUAUAUGCUCAUCCAAUAAUCUGAUGAUAUUAGAUCAUCUAACGAGUUAAAUGUAUAUGAGGGAUGAAAAGAGGAGGAACAAGAAAGACACUCUUUCUAUGGUGAGGGAAGUGAGUGUACAGAUGCUCAAGGCUCCUUGUUUUGUUGGGCUAGAAGUCAGUUACACAUAGGAAGCAAUGACACUAGUAGUUGUGGUUUGAAAAUUUAAUGCCAGGAAUCAAGCACGCAAUCUAUAGAUAAGAUUAUCAGGUGGUCCAUCCAGAGCUUGGAAAUGGGGGAAUGUAUACCACAUGCUUCUCAGUGGGUUCCUACAGGUAAGGUAUUUCUGUUUCAGUGCUCGAGUCAUGGGGUUGUCCAUCACCUUGAACUCUUUUUUCUAGUUGGGGAUAGUUGAGGAACCGUUUGAUUCCUGAGAAAGGUAUGAGAAACUGGGAAUAUUCCUGAAUGAUUCUUUUGUCUUAUAUUUGAUUUGAGAGAGAGAGUAGCAUGGGAUAGGAAAACUGUGAGACACAGGGUCUCAAAAACAAGGACACAGGGUCACACCAAAUCAAUGUGACCUCAUUGAAAAAAGACACUACUAAGACAUAUUCGAGAAACUUUUCAGGGGCUUGUUAGAGGUGUCUCAUCUUUCUUCCUCAACCCAGCGUUCAUGCCCUUCAACAAUCAGAACUCCAUCCAUAACCAUUAAUGAUCAAAGGCCGAUUCCAAGCCUAAUCUGUGAGGUAAUGCCUAAUCUUUUAGUUUGUCCCAUGAAUGUGCUCAAACAUGUGCACAGGGGUUUUAUGUUUGAAUUUUCUCAGUAAACAAACAUUGAAAACUUGAUUUUCCCACAUAUUUAGUGCAAUAAACCAAAUUCAAGAUGCCCCAAUGAGAAAAAUAAGUUUUCUGUUUCUCAUCUCAUCCCUUCCCAUCCUUUCCUUUCUCAGACCAAUCUUCUCAGGAACCAAAUGGACCCUGGAUGUCCCUCUAUCCACCUUUACUCCCUACCUUUCCUCUGCUAACCUGUAGUAGUUGACAAUGACUUUUAUGUGAUUAUGUCUAGAAGAUUGCAUUCUCUUUUAAAUUUUAAUUACUCUACUUGUUUUUGCUCUUUUUUCUCACUAUCAGUCUGUUUUGCCUUAUAUUCAGGACCAUAAUGGAGAUCUAGAAAUUGGUUUUCAUGUUUUCUUUCCUCAAAAGUAGCUGGGUUUCAACUUUCAACUGCACCUGUUUAGUGCCUCUUCUCAAAGUUCAUGUUGGCUCUGUUAUGACUUAUUUCAUAUUGCUGAUUGGGAGAAUGGAAAGGCUUCCCUUUUUUUGAGUAGGAGCCUACAGGGAGUUUUCAAUAUGUUCAUACUCCAUUUUUUUUGUAAUGAUUGGUAUAGAAUUAUAUAUGAUAGCAACUAUACACUGGCUAGCUCUUAAUGUAUAGUGACUAUUGUUGGCUGGCUUUUUGGAAAGCUUGUUUGAGGGAUCUUAUCUCUCUUUUACAAAUAUAAUGUAUUAUUUCACUUGUUUUUUUUUUAAUGUCUCAUUUCAUACAACACCAUGCUUGUUUAAGUA